AAACACAACAGAAGUGGCCAGAAACAAGCUCAAUAUGAAUCGAUCGACGUCAACCCUCUGGGUCGUUCUGUGCGUGGCAAUGUGUUUGAACGUGAUCGAUGCUGGGAAAAUAGUGAAGAAAAAACUCGCUGCCGGCGGUGUCGUUGCCGGUGCCGCUGGUGCAACUGGAUUUGCCGGAGGGUUUCUGACAGGAGCCGCUGUCGCUUCUCAUUUCAAUAAGCAUAAGGGAGGUUACGGUGGCUUCGGCGGAGCACACGGAGGACCUGGCCAAGUUCACAUUCAUAAUCACCAUCACGAACAUUCGGUUCUGCCCGUACCGCACAAGCCUGUCCACAGUGGAGGCUUCGGAGGCGGACUCGGUGGAUUGGGCGGUUCUUACGGACACGGACUCGGUCUGGGACACGGAGCCUACGGAGGAGGCUACGGAGGAAACUUGGGUGCCGGUUACGGCGGAGCUUAUGGGAACAGCUUCGCUAAAGGCGUAGAGACCCUCGGAUCAGGCUAUGGAGGAAACUUGGUUGGCGCUUACGAUGGCGGUUUCGGAGGUGGCAACGGCGGAGGUUAUGGCGGAGGUCACGGCGGAGUUUAUGGCGGAGGCUACGGUGGAGGCUACGGCGGUGAUUUCGGGGGGCUCGGUCUCAUCGGCGGACACGGUUACGGGAGGAGUCUGAAGACAGAAGGUCACGCUAAAGCGGAGGGCGGAGGAUACCGAGGAGCGCCUGCUGGAGUGCAAGAAAGUUGAUCCUCGUAGCGUCGUGAGCUAAUUACGG